AUGUUUUCUGUCUUCUUGCUCAUUGCUGCAGCACUUGCGGCUUAUCCAAACGACUUACAAUACUCGGUCCCAUUUUGGCAUGUUUAUGUUGGGAUUGAUACACAUCUUGGAAAGUCGUUGAAUUACGAACUUGAUGUUCCAAACAACAUUGGCAGCAAGUGUUACACAAUCACAACUGGUGUUUCUGUCCGAAUUGAAAACACACAGUUGAGCAUUUUUGACAAUGCCAACUGUGAUGGGUAUAGAAAAACAUACAUGGAUGCUAAUGAAUAUUACAAGCAAUGUGGUAUUUGCAAUGGAUUUGGAAUAGCUGGGAGUGGAUACCCCGCAAACAUGUUGAUUCCCCUCGACAACCCAAUCAUGGGCAAAUUUGUUGUUGAUACGUCAAAUGCCAAUUGCCCCGCUGGUAAUUACAUUCCAUCGUACAUUCUGUCAACACAAACUGAACUUGGCUUCAGUUACAUCUUAGGUGGUGUUAAUAACGUUUACAACUUUGGAUUCAGAAUUAAUCAAACCGACAAAAACCACGUCAAAGGCGAGUGGCUUGACAAACUCCCAACAGACUCAACAGCAAAAGUGUUGUUCUCAAUUGAAAACAACAAAUGCACACUUGUCAAAAACCACUGGGUUAAAAUCCAGUUAGACACUUUUGAUGUUGCCAACUGUGAGAUUGUAACACAGGCUGGUAAGUGCUACAAAAAGAGAGCCGCAGUCGAUCCAGUGGAUCCACCAAAACCAGUCGAACCAUCACAGCCAGAAACACCAGAGAAACCAUCCGAGCCAGAAAAGCCAGUUGAUCCACCUGUGACUCCAGUCGACCCUUCAAAGCCCUCUGAACCAACCGAUCCAGAAAAACCAGUAAACUCUGAAACAACUGAAAACUCAGAAAUCUCAAAUUUGGACGGUGCUUACUCUGUUGCCAUUUUUGUUGCGAUUGGAUUUCUUGUUAUGUUAAUAUAA